CCGAGCGAGUUAAUUAUAAUUACAUACAAUUCACUUCUCUUUUUCUUCUUCUCCGGCGAAGUCCGCUGCCGGCAGCCGCUGAAUUCCCGGUGAGUUUUUCUUUUCCCUAUCUUAACUUCUCUGUAGUCGGUCGACGACACGGAUCUGUGGCGUUCUCACGAAGACGAACGAAUAUCCUCAAGGAAAGCAGUUGAAGGACGCCGGAGUCGGGAAAUCGCCUUCGUCCCAUUGCGUGAGCUUCGAACGUCCAAAACCUACCGAUCCAAAUCCUCGAUUCGAAGUUCAACUGGAGUGGGAGAUGAGUGAUCGGUAGGUGGAGAAUUAUUUUUGUGUAAACGUGGAGUAUUACUGUUUUUUAAAGCUUAUAUUGGGUUUUGGGUACAAAAAUAAACUACAAAAACAAACUUACAAGUUAUAACUACUUAUAUCCCUUCGUCGCCUUCAAAAUCCACCAACCCUACUUCGCGCUUCAUCUACCACCAUUUUCUGGGUUGGCAACUGCAAGAAUGACAUUGAGAAGGUUCUGUCAUUCGUGGAGAUUUAGUUUAUUGGUUGAUGGGACUUGAGGAAGCCCCUAGCUGAAUAUAGUUCAGAUUUUCUUAAAGAUUCUUAUUGGUGGCUGCAUUUUGAUUUUUGUUCCUGAAGAAUGAGAAAAAUGUUUUGGAGGGAGAGGGAAAGGGAGAGCAAAGAACAAAAUGGUGGACCUCCUGUUGGGCAGGUCAGAGUGCUUCUUGUUGGGGACUCAGGUGUGGGGAAAACUUCUAUUGUUCAUCUGAUAAUGAAAGGCUCUUCCAUUGCUCGACCUCCUCAAACAGUUGGUUGUACUGUUAGUGUCAAGCAUAUAACUUAUGGAAGUUCUGGUAGCUCAUCAAGCAACAUCAAUGGCGAUAAUGAGAGAGAUUUUUUUGUUGAACUCUGGGACAUAUCUGGACAUGAGCGCUAUAAAGAUUGUCGGUCUCUGUUCUAUUCUCAAAUCAAUGGGGUUAUGUUUGUUCAUGAUCUUUCUCAAAGAAGGACAAAAACCAGCUUACAGAAGUGGGCUGCUGAAAUCGCAGCAAAUGGGACAUUCUCAGCUCCUUUAGCAUCUGGAGGCCCAGGGGGGCUUCCAGUUCCCUAUAUUGUUAUUGGUAACAAAGCAGAUAUUGCUUCAAAAGACGGGACACGAGGAAGCAGUGGUAAUCUUGUUGAUGUCGCUCGUCAAUGGGUUGAGAAACAGGGUUUACUUCCAUCAAGUGAGGAACUUCCGCUAACUGAGAGUUUCCCUACUGGUGGAGGCCUUCUGGCAGCUGCAAAAGAUGCCAGAUAUGACAAGGAAGCAGUUUUGAAAUUUUUUAGAAUGUUGAUCAGGAGGAGAUACUUUUCAGAUGAAUUGCCUGGUGCCAGCCCUUGGUCUUCCCAAGUUAAUCGCCCAUUGUUUCAAUCGAGUGAAAUUAUAAGUGAUGAUGAGCAGUCGUAUAAAAGUUCAAGUUUAAGCGGUGACGGAUACAAGCACAACGUGCUUCCUCCCCUUCCGGCACAGCGGAACUUGACGCCGCCCCCAACACUGUACCCGCAGCAACCCAUGUCAACCCCCAGCAACAAUUACAACGUCCCGAGAUUCAGCUACAACAGCUCCCAGGAUGUGGCUGGUGCGAGAUCGAAACGUCUGGAUAUCAACGUGUAGGUGUAAUCCGAAUAUUAUGCAUUGCUUGGUUGCAUACAUGUUGAGAGUGACCGACCGAUCAAUGAUGAACGGAUUUAAUACCGAAACGAGGUAGCAUUUACUCUCAUUCUAUUUUGAUUGCCUGGGCUGGGGCGUGCUUUAGCUUGGUUAACAAAGUAGCGCCCAUGCAACUCUAUAAUCAUUAAAAAAAGUUGUGGUGAUUAGUUUGUAUGAUUCACAGCUUCCAUUUCCAUGUGUUUAGCUAGGCUGGAAAAAAAAUACUGAAAUGUCGUAAAUAUUUUAUCCAUAUCAAAAUUUUGGUAUUAUGUAAAAUUUGGUAUAAGGCAAUUAUAUGUAAUUUUGGCAUUUUUCGGUAAUAUACGAUGCUCCAUU